AUGGCGACAUUGCAAAAAAAGUAUAAACACGAGCAAGCGUUGUUUCGACAAUCGCAAAUGGGCUAUCCGAAUCCACCUCCUCUCCGAAGUCCGAUUCCCAACGAACCAUAUCCAAUACUUCACCUGCCAAACUACGCCAAUUCCGGAAGCAUGCGAGAUACCGUAAUCACGAUAGAUGGACACCUUCAACGGCAAUACGAGUGGCAAUAUGAGAACUUUCCCGUGCCAAAUCAAGUCUUUUCGCCACGGCGCUAUGAGCCACCACCACCGUAUCCCGGCGAGAACAACAAAUCCACUCACAUCUAG